AUGUCUUACAAUAAAUGGAAAUUACGAAAAGAGAAUAAUAAAGGAUUCAAUUCGUCUCAAAGGAAAGACUGUGAGGUGAUGAUAAAUGCAGAGCGCAGUUCAAGUCAACUUGUAUGGAUACCAAGAAAUUCAAAUAUUUCCAAGAUUAACAAUAAUAUAGAUACUUCGUCGAGAACAUCAACUAAGUAUGACGAGACCCCGGAUAAUUUGAAUCACAAUUCAUUGGAAACAAACAAAACUUAUACUAUCAUUAACAUAACAUUCAAUGGAUCAUCAAAAGAAAUAGUACCAUUUAGUACAUUGGCAGAGGCAAGACAAGAUAGACCACAGAAGACAAUUAUAACGAAGGAAAAUGAUUGUUAUUUGAAAAAAUCAAAAUACAAUACUGAUGAUUGUUCUUUGGCAAUAAGAAAUGAACAAGAUGUUAUGUCUGUAACUGAUCAAUGCUCGAAAUUAUUAGAUGACUGCUCAUUGAAGGAUCGCAUAGAAGAUGUGAUUCAAAAGGAAAAAGACUAUGAGUUUGACAUAUUUUUUAUAAAUGAUCAACAUCAGUUAGAUGUGAAAAAAAUAAAGAUUUGA